UUUGUUUCGUGUUGGAGUAGUUGGUUAAAACAUAUUUUCUCUUAAAAUAUUGUGGGGACAGAGAGAGGGAGAGGGGGAGAGAACUGAAGAAGAAGAAAGAAAGAAAGAGGAAGUGAAGAUAGUAAAUAACGGUAAUUUGUUAAGUUCAGAAGAGAAACAUUACUGUAGCAGUUGCAGAAGAGGCAGAAGAGGUUUGAUGAGCAUGGCGAGCCCAGGUUUAUACCGCAGAGAGCUACCUUCCCCUGCAAUCGAGUUCGCUUCGCCCCUAGGCAAGAAGCUGUUCGGCGACGCACACGAGCAAGGAACCAUGGAAGCCUUCUUCAAGCUAAUAUCCUACUAUCAGACGCAAUCAGAGCCUGCAUACUGCGGUCUCGCCACACUUUCCGUUGUUCUCAAUGCCCUUGCAAUUGAUCCUGGAAGAAAAUGGAAAGGUCCUUGGAGAUGGUUUGAUGAGUCCAUGCUGGAUUGCUGUGAGCCUUUGGCUCAAAUUAAACUGGAAGGCAUUACGUUCGGGAAAGUUGCGUGUUUGGCUCGAUGCAAUGGAGCUAAGGUUGAAGCCUUUCGAUCGGAUAAAAGCUCGGUUGAUGAGUUUCGCAAACGUGUGAUUUCCUGCUCUCACUCUGAGGAUUCUCAUGUGAUUGUGUCUUACCACAGGACACACCUCAAUCAGACUGGAAUUGGUCACUUUUCACCAGUUGGAGGAUAUCACGCUGAAAGGGAUAUGGUCCUCAUAUUGGAUGUUGCUCGUUUCAAGUAUCCUCCUCACUGGGUUCCCCUUACCCUUCUCUGGGAGGGAAUGAGCACCAUUGAUCAAGCAACGGGACUUCGAAGGGGGUACAUGGUUAUUUCAAGGCUUAACAGAGCACCCUCUAUACUUUAUACUUUGAGUUGUAGACAUGAAGGUUGGAGCCGUGUCGCCAAAUUUCUAACUGAAGAUGUGCCUCAACUUCUAAAUUCAGAGGAUCUAACAGACGUUCAGGAAGUGCUGUCUGUUGUUUUUAAACCGCCUCUUAGUGAAUUGAGAGGGUUAAUAACAUGGGUUGCUGAAGUUCGCAGACAAGAAGAUAGAAAUCUCACAUUAAGCGACGAGGAAAAAGGAAGGCUUGCUUUAAAGGCUGACAUACUGGAACAGAUUCGCACAACUUCACUUUUCAAACACGUGACCAGGUGGUUGGAUUCUGAAAGUUCAUGUUGUAAAACAUAUGCAAACCUUGGUGACGAAGAUACGCUAUCAGUACUUGCCACCGGUGUUUGUUGCCAAGGGGCAGAUCUUUUGACUGGUUGUGGUAGGUUAGGUUUGUCAGGUGGAAAAAGCUGCAGUCAAAUAGUGGUAAAACAUCUGAAUGUUGACAGUGAAAAUCCAGGAACAUUAGCUUCAGGAACUGUUACAACUAGUGAUGGUAGUGAAGAAAUUGAAGUGUUGGUCCCUCUGUGUCAAAUGGAGCCAAGUAGGUUGUGUCUUUAUAAUGAAGGUCACUGCAAAGAAAUGCACCCAUCUGAUACAGAUUUCUUAACGAUACUUUUAUUGGCCUUGCCCUUGCAUACGUGGUCGGGUUUUAAAGAAGAAAAGCUGCGAGUGGAAGUUUUGAGCCUUCUAGCAACUGAAGAUCUCCCUCCCCUACUUCAGGAAGAGGUUUUGUUAUUGCGAGACCAACUUCAUUUUCUCAUGCAACGUUGUGGUGACGUGUAGAACACACCUGAGAAAAACUAUUGUUCUACCUUUGUGCAAGAUGAUGUCUGAGCUGUAGCGUAAUUCUGUAGGGAAGAAUAACAAGCAGAUUUGCAUAAAUUGAAAGAUGAAUCAACUGAAUGUGCCAAAAGGUGAACGUUAAUCUGAUAUUUCUCACUUGAGUAAUAAAUUAUGAGAAGUUAAAGCAGUAAAAUCCUAUUUCAUUUUAUA